AUGAGUUUAUCAGACGAUGAAGAUUUUAACGACAUCUACGGUGAUGAAAAUACCGCUCAAACCACGGUGAACAAUAACGAGUCGACUUCAUCAACUGCAACAUCUACAGAUAAUCAAAAUAAUACUCAAAGUAAUAAUAAUCAAAAUAACGUUAGUAAUAGCUCGACAGAUGAUCACAAAGAUCAAGCUUCAACUACCAAUAAAGAGGCUAAUAGUAGUAGCACAAACACCACCGCGGCAACAUCUCAAUUAGAUCAACUAGCAGCUUUACAGGCUUUGUCAUCUAACCUGUCACAACUGCAACAGCAGGUUGCCUCUUCAAAUAAUCAACCAGAUUCUAAUCUUGCAUCCAAUAAUGACAAGGCUGAAAACAAUAACAAGGAAAACUACAGUGCUUCCGUUCCUGAAAUGCUGCAGAUGCCUCAAAUGCCACAGAUGCCAGGUAUGCCAGAUAUGUCACAGUUGCAACAAUUGCAACAGACUAUGUCUCAAUUGCAACAAACUGCAUCUCAGCAUGAACCAAAGGCUAUCAAAGCUGAUUUGUCUCGUGACAUUAACAAGAUGUUCAUUGGUGGUCUAAAUUGGGAAACCACCGAAGAGGGUUUACGUGAUUACUUCAGCAAAUACGGUGCAGUCGCUGAAGUUAAGAUUAUGAAGGACACUGCUACCGGUAGGUCCAGAGGUUUUGGGUUCUUGACAUUUGAAAACGCUUCUAGUGUCGAUGAAGUCGUUAAAACACAACAUAUCUUAGACGGUAAGGUUAUCGAUCCAAAGAGAGCCAUUCCAAGGGAAGAACAAGAUAAGACUGGUAAAAUUUUCGUUGGUGGUAUUGGUCCAGACGUCAGACCAAAAGAAUUUGAAGAAUUUUUCUCUCAAUGGGGAUCCAUCAUUGAUGCCCAACUAAUGUUAGACAAAGAUACUGGUAGAUCUAGAGGCUUUGGUUUCAUUACUUAUGAUACACCAGAUGCAGUUGACAGAGUUUGUCAAAACAAAUUUAUUGAGUUCAAGGGUAAACAAAUAGAAAUCAAGAGAGCUGAACCUAGACAAUUACAAAAGCAAAAACAACCUCAAAUGACUCAACCAAUGGGACAAAAUAUGAGCAACCCAAUGCAACAGUAUCAGAUGUUCCAAAAUCCAAUGAUGGCAGGCGGUUUCAAUCCUAUGAUGGCCACUGGUUUCAACCCUCAAUCGAUGAACGAAUACUACACUAAGAUGCAAGAGUAUUAUCAACAAAUGCAACAACAAACUGGUAUCGAUUAUACUCAAAUGUUCCAACAGCAAAUGCAACAAAUGCAACAGAUGAUGGGUAUGAUGGGCGGUCUUCCUGCAGGCCAACAACCUUCUCAAAGUGGUGCAGGAUCUCCACCAAGCCAUUCAUCCACCCCUCAACACAACGACGACAGUAAUGGUGUCACUACUAUUGGGAGCUCAAAUAAUGGCAACCGUAGUAACAGUGGAGUAGAAUCUGGAGAUGACUCAAGAUACGAUAAUUCAUCAAGCCGUGAUGAUUCUCGUCGUUCAGGACACAGAGCAUACGAUCGCAACUCUGAUCGUAGCAGUUAUGGCUCGUCUAACCGCGACCGUGACAGCUGUCGUGGCCCAUCUUCAAACUAUCGCGGAGGUGGUGGCCGUGAUCGUGAUUCCCGCCGUGGUGGUAAUGGGUAUGGCGGUGGAAGCAGAGAUAGACGUGGAUACCACCCAUACGCCAGGUAA